AUUAAAUAAUAAAUGGACACGCCAAUUGGUAAAGAUUUGACAAAUUAAGUGAUUGGAAAGGUUUAUAAAUUAAUAAAGAGAGUGGGAAGUGGUGCUUUUGGAGAGAUAUAUUUGGUAGGGAAAGGAAAAGAAGAAUAUGCAAUGAAACUUGAAAGAAGUGAUACAAAACAUCCAUAAUUAUUUUUUGAAGCAAAAUUAUAUAAUUACUUAUAAGGAUCUGAUCCUAACGAUAAAGGUAUUUGAUUUAUUAAGUAAAAGUUAGGGAUUCCUAGAAUAUAUGCUUAAGGCCAAGACGGUGAUUAUAAUUACAUCGUCAUGGAUUUACUGGGUUAAAGUUUGGAAGAGUUGUUUAGUAAAAAUAAUAAAAGACUAUCAUUGAAAACAGUAAUAAGUAUGAUGUAUAAUUUAGGUGUUAAUGUUGGGUGAUUAAAUGAUUUAACGAAUUGAAUAUAUUCAUACGAAACAGUUUUUACAUCGUGAUAUAAAGCCAGAUAACUUUUUAAUUGGUUUAGGUAAAAAGGCAACUCGUGUAUAUAUUCUUGAUUUUGGAUUGGCUAAGAGAUAUUUAACAAAAGAAGGACAUAUUCCAUAUCGUGAAGGUAAAAGUUUAACUGGAACUGCUCGUUAUGCAUCUGUAAAUACACAUUUAGGUUUGGAAUAAUCAAGAAGAGAUGAUUUAGAAUCACUUGGUUAUGUACUCAUGUAUUUACUAAGAGGUUAAUUACCUUGGUAAAAUAUGAAAGCUAAUAAUUAAAAAGAUAAAUAUUAAAGAAUUAUGGAAAAAAAGCUUGAAACAUCUCCAGAUGCACUUUGCAAAGGUUUUCCUAUUGAAAUGAGUUAAUAUUUAAAUUAUUGUAAGAAUUUAAAAUUUGAAGAUAAACCAGAUUAUAAUUAUUUAAGAGGUCUUUUUAAAGUAUGAAUAUAUGAAUUAAUAUAUAUAAGGAUGCAUUUAAAAAGAUAGGUUUUGAAUGGGAUUACAAAUUUGAAUGGGUUAAAGAUGAUAAUGUAUUAAAUCUAGUCAAGACUUAAUAAGAUUUACUAUCUGAAAAUAAAUUAAUGAUUAUGACUUAACCAUUACAACAAUAAUAAUCAUAAGGUAUUCGACCUAAUCCAAUUGACUCAGAUAAAAAAAUUGCAAAUACAAAUAGUUAUCAUCUUAAUUCUAAUACUCAAUAAUAAUCUGGACAAAGAAGACCAUAAUAAUAGACAGCCAAAGUCUCAUAAUAGUUAUCAGUAGAGAAAAAAAGAACAACAUCCUAAAAUAAAUAGUUUAUCUAACCUAAAGAGUUAGUCAAACCUGUUACUUAAGUUCUUGCACCAAAGAUUGUUACUACUAAAGAACCACAUAGAAAAUAUUGA